AUGCAUAAUAUUCAUUUUCAUACACCAUCCUCUAAAUUUCCUCAUUUUCCUUCAUCAUUUUAUAUUCUAAGUAGGCAACGACGAGAACCUAAGCCUCAUUGGUGGACAAAAGUUCAUAAUCCUCGUAGCGAAUUCAUAACUCAAUGGAAUAACCUCUUCUUCAUCACAUGCCUUAUUACCCUUUUUCUUGAUCCUUUAUACUUCUAUGUACCUACAAUAUGUGGCUAUGCCUGCCUUAGUACUAAUCUCCAAUUAUCAGUUACUGUGACUUUUAUUAGAACUAUUUCAGAUUUUCUUUACCUAAUGCAUAUUUUCUUAAAAUUUAGAACUGCCUUUAUAUCUCGAAAUUCUCGUGUUUUCGAGCGUAAGGAGCUCGUAAUGGAUCCUAAAGCGAUUGCUCUUAGGUAUUUAACAUCCGGUUUUGUAAUUGACGUUGCAGCAAUGCUUCCUUUACCUCAGAUAAUGAUUUGGUUUGUUGUCCCUGCGUUGAAAAGCGUAACAAAAGCUCACACUAAUCACACUGUGGCUCUUAUUGUACUGGUUCAGUUCAUUCCUCGCCUAUUCGUCCUAAUUCCUUUAAAUCGUAAGAUUGUAAAUUCUACCGGAAUUGCAGCUAAAAAUGCUUGGUCUGGUGCAGUUUAUAAUAUGCUUCUCUUCAUAUUGGCUGGUCAUGUCAUUGGAGGUAUUUGGUACUUAUGGGCUCUUCAACGUAUACAUACUUGUUGGACGAUUGAAUGUUUAGGGCAGCGAAAUUCAACUCAAUUUCCUUGUGAUCCCUCAUUUUUUGAAAAGGAAAAUAGAGAUCUUACGGCUCGUAAGAUUUGGUUAGAAAAAUCAAAUGUUCUUGCAAAUUGCGACCCUCGUAAUAAAGAUCAUCAAUUUACCUUUGGAAUGUUUGCUCGAGUUAUAACUGAUGAUGUUGUAUCUGCCAGUUUCACCCAAACAUAUUUCUACUGCCUUUGGUGGGGAUUGAAGACCUUAAGUUCUUACGGACAAAACAUAGACAACAGUACCUUCAUUGAGGAGACACUAUUCUGCAGUUUUAUUUGUGUGUUGGGUCUAUUCCUUUUUUCACACUUGAUUGGACAAAUCCAGAAUUACCUUCAAUCUAUAAUGACUAGAAUUGAAGAGUGGAGGAUAAAAAGAAGAGAUACUGAGGAAUGGAUGCAGCAUCGACAACUACCAGAGGAACUUAGGGAGCGAAUCCGACGAUUCGUUCAAUAUAAAUGGUGGGCAACAAGGGGAGUCGAUGAGGAGUCAAUUCUACAGUCAUUGCCAUUAGAUAUUCGAAGAGAGAUCCAAAAGCACUUAUGUUUAGGUCUUGUCCGUCGAGUACCCUUCUUUGCACAAAUGGAUGAUCAAUUACUAGAUGCUAUAUGCGAACGUUUAAUACCCUCGUUGAGCACCAAAGAUACAUACAUGGCUCGAGAAGGAGAUCCAGUUUCUGAAAUGUUGUUCAUUAUUAGAGGCCAAUUACAGAGUUCCACUACAUAUGGAGGUCGCUCAGGUUUUUACAACUCCAUUACUCUACGUCAAGGUGACUUUUGCGGGGAAGAAUUGUUAACAUGGGCGAUACUACCAACUACUACUACUCUAAACCUUCCAUCAUCAACUAGAACAGUAAAAGCCCUCACUGAAGUCGAAGCGUUUGCGCUUCGAGCUGAUGAUCUUAAAUUUGUAGCGACUCAAUUCAAGCGCCUCCAAAGUAAGAGGCUUCAACACUCUUUUAGGUACUAUUCUCAUCAGUGGAGAACUUGGGGAGCAUGCUUUAUACAAGCUGCUUGGAGGCGUUUGAAGAAAAGGAGGUUAGCGACACUCGAAAAUUACUACUAUUAUCUUAUGGAUGAUGAUGACAAUCCGGAGGAUGAAGCAGACGACGGAAUUACGUACAGUAGUGAAGGUGAUCCCUUGCUACUUGAGCAUGGUGGUGGAGUUGUUGGUUCAUCUGGAAUUGACAAUAGUAGUAAUCAUCAACAACCACUUACAGCUACCAUUUUGGCCUCUAAGUUUGCUGCAAAUACAAAAAGAGGGGUGAACCAAAAGGUUAAAAUUGUUGAUACUUCAUCUGCGGACCUGAAGAUGCCUAAGAUGUUCAAGCCAGAAGAUCCAGACCUUUUUGGCUAA